AUGAGCGCGGGCGAGGACGCGGCGUGGCUGCGGUGGGUGGCGAAGCAGUUCGAGAGCAUCGCCGGGGAGGACAGGCAAAUCGACUUGGAGGAGUUCAAAGCGGCUCUCAAGGUGAAGGAGUCCUUCUUCGCCGAGCGGCUCUUCGCGCUCUUCGACUCGGACGGGAGCGGGACCAUCAGCCUGGAGGAGCUGCUGAGCGCCCUGAGCCUGCUGGUGCACGGCAGCGAGACGGACAAGCUGAGGUUCCUCUUCCAAGUGUACGAUGUAGAUGGCAGCGGCGCCAUCGACCCGGCCGAGCUGCGCCUGGUGCUGCAGGCGUGCCUGCGGGAGAGCGCCGUGUCGCUGCCGCCGCCGCGCCUGGACGACCUGGCCCUGGCGCUCUUCGAGGCCGCCGACAAGGACGGCAGCGGCUCCAUCACCUUCGAGGAGCUGAGGGCGGAGCUGGAGGCUUUCCCGGGGGUGAUGGAGAACCUGACCAUCAGUGCCGCGAGCUGGCUGAAGCCCCCGCCACCCCCAGAGAGGAGCCGCCGGCCGCGCUGCCUGACCGCGGCGUACUGGCACAACCACGGCAGCCAGCUCGCCUUCCUGGGGGGCUACACCAGCCUCAACCUCCUGCUCUUCGCCCUGGCCGCCCAGCGGCACGUCGGCCUCGGCGGGUGGGUGGCGGUGGCCCGGGGCUGCGGGCAGUGCCUGAACUUCAACUGCGCCUUCACCGCGGUGCUGAUGCUGCGGAGGUGCCUGACCUGGCUGCGCGCCACCCCCGUGGCCCAGGUGCUGCCGCUGGACCACAGCGUGGGGCUCCACCAGCUCGUGGGCUACGUGGUGCUGGCGCUGGCUGCCCUCCACACGGGCGCACACGUGGCCAACUUCGGCAGGCUGGCACAGCAGGACGGGCACCGUGCCCUCGCCGAGUUCCUCCUGACGGCGCGUCCCGACGGCGGGGGGCUCGGCGGCACGGCCUCGCAGACCGGGCUGGCGCUGCAGGGGCUGCUGGCCGCCAUGCUCGCCUUCUCCAGCCCCUGCGUCCGCCGUGGCGGGCACUUCGAGGUCUUCUACUGGAGCCACCUCUCCUACGUCUCCGUCUGGGCCCUGCUCGUCCUGCACGCCCCCAAUUUCUGGAAGUGGUUCGUGGUGCCCGGGGGCCUCUUCGUGCUGGAGAAGGCGGUGGGCCUGGCCACGUCCCGUGCCACGGGGCUGCGCAUCGUGGAGGUCAACCUGCUGCCCUCCAAGGUGACGCACCUCGUGGUCCAGCGGCCACGCUCGUUCCACUUCAGGCCCGGGGACUACGUCUACCUGAACGUCCCGGCCAUCGCCGCCUACGAGUGGCACCCCUUCACCAUCAGCAGCGCCCCCGAGCAGCAAGACACCAUCUGGCUGCACGUACGGGCGCGGGGGCAGUGGACCAGCCGGCUGCACGAGUACUUCAGGCACCCCGAGGCGCCGCGGCUCAGCGGGAACCUCGGAGAGGCGAGGUGGUGGCGGCGGGCGCAGGUUGGUGAGGACGGGGCUCUGCUUCCCGCAGAAAUCCGUCGGCUCUGCAGCAUCAAGUGCUACAUUGACGGCCCCUACGGGACCCCGACGCGCAGGAUCUUCACCUCGGAGCACGCCGUGCUCAUCGGCGCCGGCAUCGGCAUCACCCCCUUCGCCUCCAUCCUGCAGAGCAUCAUGCACAGGUACCGCCUGAGAAAGCAGAGCCACGACUAUAAACAGUGUGAGACCCUGCGGGACGAGGACAUGACGCUCAGGAAGGUCGACUUCAUCUGGAUAAACCGGGACCAGAAGCACUUCGAGUGGUUCGUCAGCCUGCUGGCGAAGCUGGAGCUGGAGCAGGCCGAGCAGGAGCCGGGAGGGCGGUUCCUGGAGCUGCACCUCUACAUGACGGCCGCCCUCGGCAAGAGCGACGUGAGGGCCGUGGGGCUGCAGCUGGCCCUGGACCUGCUGGCCGCCAAGGAGCACAAGGACUCCAUCACGGGCCUGCGCACCAGGACGCAGCCCGGCCGCCCCGACUGGAGCAAGGUGUUUCGCAAGGUGGCCGAGGAGAGGAAAGGGAAGGUGCAGGUCUUCUUCUGCGGCUCACCGGCGUUGGCCAAGGUCAUCAAAGCGCACUGCGAGCGCUUCGGCUUCCGCUUCUUCAAGGAAAACUUCUGA